AUGGCUGGCCUUUUUGGUGCUGCAACUGCCAAUAUAGGCGACAAGUGCUCGACGAGUGCGGACUGCGGCGCGGGGCAGUGGUGCUUCGACUGCGAGCCGGAGCUCGCCGGCUCCCACUGCGUCCGCUCCGCCGCCACCAACCCCUUCCAACUUGUUCUGUAUAUUGGCAUCACAUUCUCAACAUGCAUAGAGAUCUCAAAUAACUCGUUGCCAUUCAACAAGUAUGCCUAUCUCACGACACACAAUUCAUUCGCGAUUGUUGGGGAACCGUCGCACACCGGAAUUCCACGCAUCACCUUCGACAACCAGGAGGAUACAGUCACCGAUCAGUUGAAUGUAGCUUCUGCGUCAUCUGAUAAGAUUCUUCUGUUGUUCUACAUGUCCUACCUUACGAGCAUUAAUUCUCUUCACAAUCCCAAUGUUCUACAGAAUGGUGUCCGCGCGCUAAUGCUUGACACAUAUGACUUCAAAGGAGAUGUAUGGUUGUGCCAUUCCAGUGGAGGCAAAUGCAACGAUUUUACUGCAUUUGAACCAGCACUGGACACAUUCAAGGAAAUUGAGGCAUUUCUUUCUGCCAACCCAUCUGAAAUCGUUACAUUGAUCCUGGAAGACUAUGUUAACGCGCCAAAUGGCCUGACGAACGUGUUCAAUGCCUCUGGCCUGCAAAAGUACUGGUUUCCGGUUUCGAAAAUGCCGCAGAAUGGUCAGGACUGGCCUCUUGUCAGUGAUAUGGUCACAAGCAACCAGCGUCUCCUUGUGUUCACCUCUGCCAGAUCGAAGCAAGUCACAGAAGGAAUCGCAUACCAGUGGAAUUUCAUGGUUGAGAACAAUUAUGGCGACGAUGGAAUGGAUGCUGGCGAAUGCUCGAACCGUGCAGAGUCCGCGCCGCUCAACGACAAGACCAAGUCACUGGUCCUCAUGAACUACUUUCCAUCUGUCCCUGUGAAGCUGACUGCAUGUUUGCAGCACAACAAGGGCCUCACUGACAUGGCUAGUACAUGCUACAGCGCAGCCGGAAAUCGAUGGGCUAAUUUCAUCGCAGUUGACUACUACAAGAGAAGCGAGGGAGGGGGCGCAUUCCAAGCCACCGAUCUGCUCAACGGCAUGCUCCUGUGUGGAUGCCAGGACGUCAAGGCUUGCCAGCAAGGAUCUAGUGUAGUAUGCUCUGCCUGA